ACGCGCGCAACGUGGGCGCGCGAAAAGUUCGAUUGACAUUCUAGUUCGAAAUUUAAAGACUCGUGAAAAAUUAAAAACAAAUUAGUUUUUUUUUUAUUGUUCCUAAUUUAUUGACUGUGACUGUGGUGUGUAAAAUGUUGUCUGGGUGGCAGUUACUUUUGUCGAAAUUAUUCGUGAUCCCCCAACGAUGGGUGAUGGCCAUCAUGGGAUUCCUGGCGGUGGCCAACGCGUACGCCAUGCGGGUAUGCCUCAACCUCGCCAUCACGCAGAUGGUGCGACGCCAUGCUCUGACCCCGGGGUAUGAGGACGGAUCCUGUCCAUCACCUGAUGUGGAUGAGGCGUUUGAGGAUGUUACGGAAAUCAACGGUUACAACUGGGAUGAGGAGACACAAGGGAUCAUCCUCAGUUCGUUCUACUACGGGUACAUAGUGACGCACUUACCUGGUGGCAUGCUGGCUGAGAGGUUCGGAGGGAAGUAUUCCCUGGGCUUCGGAGUCCUUAGCACUGCUGUGUUCACGUUGUUCACUCCGUGGGUCGUCAGCGCAGGAGGUGCUACUGGGCUGAUCAUAUUGAGAGUGCUGGAGGGACUUGGAGAGGGCACAACCUUUCCCGCUCUCAAUGCUAUGUUGGCGAGAUGGGCACCCAUAUCCGAAAGAGGUCGUAUGGGUUCCCUUGUCUUCGGCGGUGCUCAGAUUGGUAACAUAGCUGGCACUUACUUCUCUGGACUGGUGAUCAAAGAGACAGGGGAAUGGCAGUCCGUCUUCUACCUGUUUGGCAGCAUUGGGAUUCUGUGGUUCAUUUUAUGGGCGCUACUCUGCUACAACGACCCUGAAUCCCAUCCAUUCAUCUCAGACAAGGAGAAGAAAUAUCUAGAAGAAGCUCUGGGAAGGCACCAGAACACGCAGCCAUCAGCUAUACCGUGGAAGGCUAUUUUCAUGUCCGUUCCCUUGUGGGCUCUCGUAUGUGCACAGAUAGGCCACGACUAUGGCUACUUCACCAUGGUGACUGAUCUGCCCAAAUACAUGACGGGAGUUCUCAAGUUCGACAUCCACCGUACGGGUACCCUGGCUGCUCUACCGUACCUCGUCAUGUGGAUCAGUUCCAUCGUCUUCGGGUGGAUCUGCGACAAGAUGGUGAAGAGGAGUUGGAUGAGCGUGACUAAUGCUAGGAAGACUUUCACUACUAUUGCCUCAGUCGGUCCGGGCAUAUGCAUGAUCCUGGCCUCCUACUCCGGCUGCAACACGGAGACCGUGGUGAUCCUGUUCACGGCCUCCAUGGGUCUGAUGGGUGCCUUCUACCCUGGGAUGAAGGUCAACGCUCUGGACCUGAGCAGCAACUACGCUGGCACCAUCAUGGCGAUUGUCAACGGCAUUGGCGCAAUUACUGGCAUCAUUGCGCCAUAUUUGGUUGGGCUGCUGACGCCUGAUAGCACCUUAGUCCAAUGGCGUCUAGUAUUCUGGAUCACACUGGCCGUAUUCAUCAUCACCAACCUGGUAUACGUAGCCUGGGCGUCAGGUGAUGAACAGUGGUGGAACUCAUCACCAACAGACCCGAGAAAGGAGGCCCAGGCCAAAACUAUCGCAGCCCCAGCAACGGCCGCAGUUACGAACGAAGUUAAAGUGUGAUAAACCAACUUCAGAGUGCUGGAGUAAACUGAAGUUUCUGUGAAACAUCAUAUAGAAUAUUUUUUAGUUUUACCUCAAAAACAACCUUUAUUCAAACGACUUAAGGGCCAUCUCGUAAAGGUGUGAGGUAAUAUAAAUUUGAACGUGUCCUGUCUGUGUACAAAAUGCAAAUUGUAGCCAUGUAUGAAUUUAGGUUAUGUUGCCAAGUGUUAAAAAUUUGAUGCUAUUUGAUAAUGUUGGCAGAGGCUCCCAAACUAUUCUAUAUCUUGUAAAUACUCGUACAAUAUUAGAAUAACUCGAAAUAAAACUUCCGUACCGAUAGAAGGAAGAUACCUAAGUUUUCUACAAGGUGUAAGUACAAGGCUAUAGUUUUUGUCAGUUUUAACUACUUACUUUAAGAUUGUACCCUUAUUCUAAAAUUUUAAUGCGACAUUAAUGCAGCUUCAUGCAGCCUUCCAGCUGACAAUGAGGAGGCUAGAGACACCUCAUAUUUUGUUAUGAUAACUAGUUUAGAAGUUAUGGGGAAACAGAUGAACAUCUAUAUACAGGUCAAAAUCAUAACCUUUCGCUUAGCCGUAGUUGGGUAAAAAUGUCAAAUCCCCUAAUAGAAAUAUAUUUUAUAUUCAAGUUCCGUUGUCUAAUGUCUGUCAUGUCGAAACCUUGUAUAAUUCGCUAUGCAAAUAUUUUUAUUAAACAUAUACGAGGGUAACAUAAUAUUAUGUAUGUCAAAAAAACGUUUAACACUUUGUUUGACAUUUCAUAAAGAUUUUACUGUUUCAUAUGAAACGGACUUCUUAAGAAGAAACGAUGCUGCAUUAAUAUUGUAUUAAAAUAGAAUAAUCAGAGCACUGUUUUCAAUGCCAUUGUAAAUAUAAUUAUUAAGAGGAUGUAGAUUCUGUAUCUCUUCCGUGGAACGGUUGUUAAGUGUAUGUAGGUUAGUACUUAAAGUAUAAACUGUACAGUGAGUUGUGAUAGUAUUAAUUUGACUAAAUUAUUAUUAAAGGUAUUUUUUCUCUGUAGUUUGUUUCUGCAAAAUAAUCUUAAAACAGUUUUAGUUCAGCAUGCAUGUUCAGCAGCAGCAUGCAGUAUGUACUAUGUGCAUUGUGCAUAAUAUUAAAACAUUUUUUUAAAUAUGACAAAUAAAAUAUGGCUGAUAGAAUUCGAACUGGAUUAAAACUGUAUUAACGUUGGAAUUAAAAAGUGGAAUCGGAGAACUUGUCAUACGUAUUAUAAGAUUUUUUCAGAUUAAAAAAAAUAUACAGGUUUUCUGAUUGGUAGAUCCAAUAAAGGCUACUGUACACUUAGGGCCAAAGCAUUGGACCAUAGCAUUGGGCCAAUGUAUAGAGACCAACUUGGCUAUAAGAUGGGAGCGACAUUAUACAAGGUGUAACAAAACUAAGUUAUAAUACUUUAGGGAGUG